GAGCAAAGGGGCGGAGCAAACGACUGACAAACAAACAUGCAGCAGUCAGAAUGAACCUCUCUAAACGAUCAUAAACUACAAAUCAUGGGGUUCGUCUUUCAAAGACAGCGCUCUAUACCGAAACAUUUACAUAUAUUUUACUAAUCGGUGUUUGACAGAGGCGUCUGUCCUCUCGCGCUUGUUUAUUUACGUCUAGUUUCAUGACUUAAAGUUAAUUUAUGGUCGCUAUGGAUUACCUGCUGCAGGUGAAAGUUGGAGCUCUGGUUGGGCUGCUGUUCCUAACCCUGUUUUUUGGUUUUAUCCCAGCGCGGAUGAAAUGGUUUCAAGUCUCUAGUGGAACAGCGACCCACAGGGCUGUGCUGAGUUUUGUGAGCUGCUUCGCAGGUGGCGUCUUCCUGUCCGCCUGUUUGUUAGAUAUCAUCCCAGAUUACCUUGCCGACAUACAUGAAGUGCUACAAAAACAAGGCCUUGAUGAAGGAUUCCCGCUUGCAGAGUUCAUCAUGGCGUGUGGCUUCUUCAUGGUCUUGAUCUUGGAAAAGAUAGUGCUGAGUUGCACAGAGGGCCACAGAAAUGAGGAGACCGCUCCUCUUAUAGCUCCUGCAGGUAACGGACAUGCCCAUGGACAUCAUUCGCUGAGUGAUCUGGAGGGGAGCGGUCACCACGUCCACGUGGAUUUUCAUGCACACUCGUCCUUCCGCUCCUUCAUGCUCUUCCUGUCUCUCUCUCUCCACUCGGUGUUUGAGGGUUUGGCCAUUGGCUUGCAGACCACAGACACAAAGGUGCUGGAGAUCUGCAUUGCUAUCCUGGUCCACAAGAGCAUCAUCGUCUUCAGUCUGUCAGUGAAGCUGGUUCAGAGCGCGGUCAGGCCCCUGUGGGUGGCGCUGUACGUUGCUGUCUUCGCUAUGAUGUCUCCUCUGGGCAUCGGCAUUGGCAUCAUUGUGAUCGAGGCUCAGCUGAAGGCUGGUGCUUUCAUCCAGGCGGUGCUGGAGGGGAUGGCGGCCGGGACGUUUGUCUACAUCACCUUCCUAGAGAUCCUUCCCCAUGAACUGAACUCCCCUGAGCGGCCUCUGCUCAAAGUGUUCUUCCUCCUGUGUGGUUUCUCAGUAAUGGCUGGUCUGAGUUUCCUGGGCUGAAAUUACUUUCCCUGUGGCCAGAAAACUGCAGCCUCGAGCAAACUGCACUGAGUGAGCCUUCACAAACUGCAUGUGAUUUCAAGAAAACGAAAGGCUCAGUUCUCUUGCUUUUUAGAGAAAUUAUAUUUUCAGAUGCGGAUGUCUUUAAAAACUUUGACCUGAUCAUUGAUCAGUUUUAAAUGAGGAAACAUUUUUUUCCUCAGCAUGGAGAAACAUAUAUAAAUGGAGACUUUUACAGAUUUUUUUUUUUUUUUACUUUGUUUUAGCUUUUUUUAAAUCUUCAUAUUUUAUCUGUGAACUUUUUGGGUGUUUACUCUUUGUCAUGCAUAACACUAUCCAUAAACCUCCAACUUUCUAAAU